AUGACAUCAGCCCGCCGAUUAAGUCAAGUAAAUCAAGUAAUAGGAAUUAAGAGCAAUCACGUGAAAUUUGAUAUGCUCUGCAGCUCCGAGAAGGGCAUGCAGUCACUUGGAAAGCUUGUCAUGAUCGCUUUAUCGCAUGUAGCAGGAGAAUGGAGAUUAGGAAUCUUCCUGCAUGCUGCUUCAUGCAUCCUGAUCCUGGCUAUACUUUCUUUCCUCCCUGAAAAUAUACUAUGGUUGAAGAAGGCUACACAUUCGGCACCGAAAGGCCGCGUGCCUGUGAACUCAUUGGGUCUUCUGCAACCCAUUACCGUUCUGAGAAGCAUAAUCACAUUUUGUUCGGGAAGCAUACAGGGAUCAUUAGAUGCGAUCAUCAUGCCCUUCAAUCCAUACGCGGUGAAGAAAGCUAACCAGCCAUGGUCACUACAAGCUUUGCAGACGGAAAUGUCACUGAGCACAUGGGCUGAGUUUGACCGAUGA